AUGAAUUAACAAAAGCUUAAAACUAAUAAAGAGCUUUUAGAGAAUUACCUUAAUUAGGCUUGUAAAUAAUACAGAUCAAACGAAGUUGUGUCAACUUCAAAAACUACAUAUCGGAUAUUAUAUGAGUAUUAUUGAAAUAUUAAUAAUUUAAGUUGGGCCUAUGAAUUUCCAGAUGACCAAGCUAUUUAAUUAAAGUUCAUCUUUGAAGAAUGGCUAUAUAAAUAUCUUCAGACUUAAAUGAUUCCAGAAUUAUUAACUUCUCAAGAUUUUAUCUAAUCAUUUAUUUUCGAAUAAGGACUAUUUAAAAGUUUGUUAACAUAUUUCUCAAAACUUUUCUUUUGUUAUGAUAACAAAUUAGGAUCUUAAUAAUUUUACAUUGUAGAAUUAGGUCUUUUUGUUUUUGAUAAACUUGUGCUGUCUCAUGACAUAAUAAAAUAGAGAUAUAAAUAGUCCUUUAUUGAUAGACUGAAUUAGAUAAGGUUAAAUAAUAAUCAAAAUCAGAAAUAAUAGCUACUAAAUUAUGUUGAGGUAAAAAUUCAUUUAUAUAUUUAAAGAUAUUGAAUCUAAAUCAAUUAGCUUAAAAUAAAAGAUUAGAAUUGAUAAGUAAGGACAAAGAGAUUAUUAUUAAUGUAAAAAAUACAUAAAAAAUGGCUAUAUUAUAAUCUCCAGAAUCAACUUUUGAUUCUCUUCUAUUUGAUACAGUUUUGGAAGGAACUAAAAAAUUCUAUGCAGAAUUAUCUCUAACAUGGAUUUCUAGGGGUUCUAGUACAGAAUAUAUAAAAUAAGCAACAAAUUAAAUAACAAUAGAAGAAUCUUUAAAAGAAAUUUUUUACUCAAAGUUCAAAAAUUCAGAGGAAAUUACAAGAAAAUUUAUAUAUGAAAUGUUAGAAUAAAAUGUAGAUUAAAUCAUCUUAAAUCCUUAAGAUGGAUUGCAUCAAUAAUUUCUUUAAUUGAGAAACAGUUCGGAUUUAUCACCAAUUUCAAAAAUAUAUUAAUUAUACAAGAAUAUACCAAAUCAAAUUGAAAAACAAUUAUUAGAAUUUUAAUAAUUUAUUCGUAAUUAAAUAACUUAAGUGUUAACAGAAUCUGAAGAAUGUGGAUAAGUAUAAUAAAUGCCAUAACAAUAAGUUAAAUAAGCAUAAUAAUAAUAAGCAAAUAGAAGUUUAUAAUUACAUAUUGCAUAAAUUGAUAAUCUUUAAAAAAUUUAAGAAUAUUGUAUGAAAUUAGUUUAAAUUUGUUUUGAUGGUUCACAUAGAUUUAGAAAUCAUUUGGAAUUAACAUUUAAGGAAAAAUUAAAUACAGCUGAAAGAUUUUUGGAUAAAUUAUCUGUAUAUAUUCAUGUGUCUUUAAAAGACAAAUUAAAAGAAACUAGUAAUGAAGAGGAUAGAUAAAAAUUUGAAAAAUUCAAUAGAAAUAUGUUGGCUUUCAUAUAAUUAAUUAAUUGUAAAGGCAAAUUAUUUUAAAAAAUUACUGAUAAUCUCAAGUCUAGAAUCUUUAGAGGAGAAAUAAAGAAUUAAGGAUAUGAAGAAGAAUUUUUGAAAUCAUUAAGAAGAGAACAUCCUGAACAUUUACCAUCUGAUUUAUUAACAGUUUGGAAAGAUUUUAAAUAUUAUAGAAAUUUAGACAAUGAAAUAUAAGCAUUAUUGUCUACAAAAAAAUUGAUUUUAGGUACCAAUGUUCAAUUUACCAUAUUUACCAGAACAAAUUCUUUAAGGGAGUUUAAUACUUAAAAUAGAAAAGACUGUAUUAAACCUCCCUAAUAAAUUUAAGAUUGUAUUAUUUAAAUGGAAAAGUUUUAUGAAAAAAAAUAAUAAACAGAAAAAAAGUCAUUGGUUUGGAAUUAUAAAAUAGGAUAAUCAAUUAUUAAUUACAAGUAAUUAUUAUAUAAAUAUUCUACCUAGAUUUGGACCAUCAAAUUAAUAAGUAGGCAAGAUUAUAGUUUCUAAUUUAUAACUCUUCAUCAUUCUUUACUUAAAAUAAUAUGGAGGAAGAUCUAAACCAGAAUUAUUAAAUGACACUGGUAUCAAUUAUGAAGAAGAAUUGACCUAAUAAAUGGAAACACUUUUAGAUUUAAGACUUAUUUUUGAGAUAGAGGGAAAGUUUUAUCUUUAAACUGAGUAGGCUAAAUUAAAAACUUAACUUAUUCCCAAUAGACCUAUUUCUUUAGUACCUAAGAAAAUUGGAGAAAAUACUGAGGAUUAAAUAUUAUUGAAAAAAGAAAGAGAUCUUAAAAUUUAAUCAAGUAUUGUAAGAUUAAUGAAAACAAACAAAGAAAUGUAUUAUCCUUAAAUAUUUGCUGGUGUACAAAAAGGAUUACUUGGAUAUUAUGACUUUUCAGCAUAAGAUAUUUUAGCUUAAAUUGAUGAACUAAUCAAUUCAAAUUACAUUAAAAGAGAUGAAAAAAUAAAUAAUAAGUUUUAAUACACACCAGUGUGAUA